AUGAUAACGAGUCAAUUUGCUAGAAUUCGCGCGACGACCAGGCUGCACGCCGUCAGGCUGCCAGGCAUUCGCUCGCCAUGCGCCAAUAAGCUGUCGGGCCUGCGCCUGUCUUCCAAUGCCGCCAAACAAGCAGCACCAAAGGCGGCGCCGGCUGCGCCCAAGGACUUCGUCGCAAAGUCGGCGUCGACUAAAAAGCUUCUCUUUCCCGAGCGCCUUCUGAUCUACAAUGCCGGAACAGGCAAGACGACGUGGGUCGCCUUCACAAAGCUCGGAACCAUCGUCCUCUUCGCCUUCGGCUGCUUGGUAAUAGCACCUCGCCUUCACUAUCAUCCAGAUACUCCGUGGUGGGCUGCUCCUGCUGCCAUCCUCCUCGCCCCCGUCCCGCUCCUCCUCACAACAGCCCUGACCUCGCCCUUCGUCAACUCCAUCUACCUGCACCUGCCCCUCUACGCCCGCCAGUCGCGCCAGCUGCUGCACCGCUUCGCCGCCUCGCCCCCCGCCGACGCCCUGCUCGACGUGCGCACCGUGCGCCUCAACGGCUUCUGGAAGACGACGGGCACCGCCGUCGGCGAGCUGCGCCCCUUGCCGCCGCGCGGCUUCCUCGGGGGGCUGGCUAACGUCGAGAGGGUGCCGAGGGUGGCGGUUGAGAAGAAGAAGAAGGAUGCGGGGAAGGGAGGAAAGGAGGGAGAAGAGAAAAAGAAGUUGUGGGAUGUUGAUGGGGACAAGAGGGGUCUGUUGCAGCGGUUCGCUGCUCUCUUUGUCGAACCGAGGCGAAGGUUUUACAUUAACCCGGCUGAGGGAUCUAGGAGGAGUGCGGAGCCAGGUGUGAUUGAGUUGAUUAUGAAGGCGGUGGAAAAGCAACACAGUUAG